AUGGACCUACUGGAGGCGCAUGGGCACUGGCUGCCGCGUGCGGCGUUUGAGCGGCGGCGGCAGUUCUUCAUCGAUGGCGAGCACGGGAUGUACAACCAGGAGCGGGAGCAGGUCAACGCGCUCGAUGCCAUGGCCAACAACCCGGCCAUGUCGAACAUGAUGUCGUCGCAGAUGGCCAUGAUUGUCCCGCAGAUCCUCACCAUGGGCAUCGUCAACUACUUUUUCUCUGGCUUUGUCAUCCUUCGCGUCCCCUUCCCACUCACCUCGCCCUUCAAGGCCAUGCUCCAGCAGGGCAUCCAGCUCUCGGACCUCAACGUGGCGUACGUCUCUUCACUCUCGUGGUACUUUCUCAACCUCUUUGGCCUCCGCGGCAUCCUCGACAUCAUCCUGUCCGACGGCAACGCCGCCGACGAUUCCAAGCUGCUCAAGCAGCAGAUGGGCCAGGCCGGCGGCCAGCCGGGUAUGCCCCAGGACAUGCCCAAGAUCUUUGCCGCAGAAAAGGAGAACCUCGUCCUGGUUGCCCACGACUGGAAGGUGGCUGGUGUUGCCGACCGCCUGGUCGCCGGCCGCCCGCGUGUGGCCUCGGCCUCGGCCUCGGCCCCCACCGCCAAGCAUGCUGCCGAUGCCGCCGUUGCUGCCGCCGGCGCUGGCUCUGACUCAUCCAAGCCCAAGCCGCGCCGGCGCUUUGCACGUCGCAGCUGAUCCAACGUGUUAGCCUGUCAGCCAAGCAGGUAGUCUAGUACAGCCAAAGCCAUGCCC